AUGGAGACUGUGGGCGGAAGUGUCUCGGCUGCUGGUGGAGUACAAGCGCAGCCUGCUGCUGCUGCUGCAGCAGCUGCAGCAAGCAGCAGCAAACCUCCUUUUACUUUGCUUCUCGCUGCAGUGCUGCUGCUGCUGCAGCAGCUGCAGCAAGCAGCAGCAAACCUCCUUUUACUUUGCUUCUCGCUGCAGCAACUUGCUGUUACCGACGCGCCUGAGGAGGAGCAGCAGCAGCAACAGCAGCAGCAGCAGCAGCAGCAGCAGCAGUUCUGUGGCUCGAGCAGAGAGGAGUGGAGAACAGCAAGUCUUGGGGCUACGUUCCUAGGACCACCACCAGCAGCAGCAGCAGCAGCAGCAGCAGCAGACAACGAUUGCUUCUGCCAGCGAGCAGCAGAAGGGCUGCUGCGUGUCUUUGAUUCUCCCUGGGUUUAUAUAUAUAAACACUACCUGCUGCGCUGCAGUACCCUCCACAGGCAGUUUGCUGCUGCAGCAGAGGGGGCCCUCAGGAGGGCCCACCUGCUAUCUACCGCUGAACACCACACACCAGCAGCAGCAGCAGCUGCUGCUGCUGCUGCUGCUGCUCCUGCUGCUGCUCCCGUUGCUGCUGCUGCUGCUGCUGAGGAGGAGGAGAAGGAGGAGGAGCAGCAGCAGCAGCACAGGCGAGGGGGGUUUGUUAUGCUGCUGAGCGCAGUGGCGGAUGUGCCCGACCCAGCAGCAGCAGCAGCAGCAGCACCGCCACCACCACCACCACCACCAACAGCAGCAGCAACAGCAACAGCAGCAGCAGCAGCAGCAGCAGCAGUAGCAGAUGAGCGGCCAAGCCAACGGGUACUAUCGUGGGCAGCUAUAGCUGCCCCCUUUCUGCUGCACCCACCCGCUGCAGCACCGACAGCAACAGAGGCCUUGGGGUGUCUGUACACCUCAACCUCUAAAGGUGCUGCAGCAGCAGCAGCAGCAGCACCAGCACCAGCACCAGCAGCAGCAGCACCAGCAGCAGCAGCAGCAGCAGCAACAGCACCGCUGCGUCGAAGGCGGCGCAGUGUCUCUUGUGAGGUCUUGUGGCGUCUGCCUACAGAGCCUGGGGAUGCAGGAGCCCAGGGGACCCCUUCGCAGGAAACCAGUGAAACAGCAGCAGCAGCAGCAGCAGCAGCAGCAGCAGGAGCAACAGCAGCAACAGCAGCACGGGAAGUAACAGUAACAGCAGCAGCAGCAGCAGCAGCAGCAACAACAACAACAGCAGCACAUGCGGUGCAGCAGAACUGUGAAAACACAAAAGGGGAACAGCUGGCGGCAUCGGCUCUGGUUGGGGGCCCCCCGGGGGCCCCCAAUCGGGGGGCCCCCUUAUAUGGGUCUCCGCAGCAGCGCUGCAUGCAGCAGAUGCCCUGGCGACCUCUGCCUGCUGCUGCUGCUGCUGCUGCUGCUGCUGCAUCUUCUCCUACUGCUGGCGGUCUCGUGGGGAGAAGACGCGGCAAUGGGCUGCGGUUUUCCAGCAGCAGCAGCAGCAGCAGCAACAGCAGCAGCAGCAGCAGCAGCAGCAACACCGAAAGUAUGUAUGGGGAUUAUUUGUUUUAUCUAACAAAGGAGACAGUGCAUACACUGGAUUCAGUUUAUACUGGGGUGUAUAACCACCAAACAAACUGUCUCCUUUCUUCUUUCUCCCCGCAUGCACAAGGGGACGAUGUGGGGGCCCUCAUCUCUGCUGCUCUGCUGCACCCAGCAGCAGCACAGCACCUACGCAAACAGUGGCAGACACAGAUCAAGUCCCCUUCACUUUUCUGCUGCAAAGGAUUCUGUUCCCGCUGCAAGGUACCCUCGGGGGCCCCCAGGGGGGCCCCCCGACAGGCUCCCCCAGGGGCCCCCGAGGGGCCUUCCCCAGGGGCCCCCGAGGGGGCGCCCCCAGGGGACGCAAGAGGGGCCCCCGAGGGGGCCCCCCCAGGGAGCUUGGAUGGGGGCCCCUCGGGGGCCCCCACAGAGUCGGCUUGUGGGGCCCCCGUGGGGGCCCCCGAAAAGGGUACAUUGGGUGGUACGGGUGCAGGUGAUAGAGCAGAGAAGCUAUUGAUGGGGGCCCCCAGGGAGGGGGGCCCCCAAGAAGAAGAGGGUACUGAGGUUGAGGGUUGUCAGUGCUGCUUGGGGAGAUGCCCUGUGGCGGUUAGCAAAGCCCAGCGCCUGGCGCGGGCUGCGCAGCGCAUGCAAGGGGUUCAGGGGGGCCCCCACAUAGAGGGCCCAUACAAGGGGGGGGGGCCCCUCCGGGGGGCCCCUGCAGCCGAAGCAGGGGGGCCCCCCCAGGGGCCCCCCGGGGGGCCCCCCGGGGGGCCCCCACAUAGAGGGCCCAUACAAGGGGGGGGGGCCCCUCCGGGGGGCCCCUGCAGCCGAAGGUGUUUGCUGCUUCCUUCUCUUCUGAAUUUAUCAUUGAUGAGUUUGUAUAAAGAAGAGAAAAAAAAAGGAGACAGUUGGGGGGCCCCCCAUAUAGAUAUGGGUCUAAACAAAAAUCCUAAAGGGGCCCCCCUCGAUGAAGGGGCCCCUGGGGGCCCCCAGGGGCCCCUGGGGGCCCCUGGGGCCCCCUUGAACAUUCCGGGGCCCAUGGGGUGUGAAGACUUUUGCUGCAGUUUCUUUACACCGCCGUUUUGCUGCUCUGCUGCAGCUCCAGUUGCUGCAGCAUCAGCAGCAGCAGCAGCAGCAGGUGCUGCUGGUGGUGGUUGCAUGCAUCCCGAGGGGUUGUUGUUUGGGUCUUCACUAUGGGGGGCCCCCGGGGGGCCCCCCGAGGGGGCCCCCGAGGGGCCCCCCUUUUUCACGGGUAGGGGGGCCCCCCCAGGCAGCCCCAUAGACAAGGGAGACAAGGAGACAAUGCAGGUGCUGCGGCAGCUGCUGGAGGCCCCCACAGACAGCAGCAGCAGCAGCAGCAGCAGCGAACACCACCUGCAGCUGCACCACCUUGGGGAGAAUAAAAAUUAUUCUGUUACUGUCUUCUUUGCCGCCCAGGUAAACAUAAACCCGCAUAGCUAG